GGCGGCGGUUCCCUCGUGUGCCCGUCGUGGGGCUGACGGUUCCCGGUGCUCGGCCUCCCGGGUCGGCGUCUCCUCUGCCCCUCUGUGGGUCGGCUCGGUGGUGGAGGUCAUUAGGCUGGUGCCUUGUUCGCCGUAGAAGCAAAUGGGAGGGAGAAGGGUACUUGGGCUGAGCCCAGCCACUCGUGAAGCAGGGCAUUCUAAGCUUUUUGUGUUACGGGUGCAGAAUUGCUUAUUACUUAGUUUGGGUUGGGUGGGGCUGCCCGUGCGUGGUAAAAUGAUUGCGGAUUGCGUUGGAUGCUGGCUCUGAAUGUGGCUGUGGCUUUAGCCCUGUAACCAAGAGGAUGGGGAUUGACCCUGAGACGCUCAGCUGCGUUUGUCUGGUGGCUGAGAAGGUCCCAGUGGUGUGUGUGACAGGCUCUUCUCUUCUCAGGUGAGCCCUCUGCUGAGGGAACGAACACACUGUGCUCCCAGGUCAGGGAAACAUGUCCCGUCGGAAACAGACCACUCCUAACAAAGUUCACUCCUGCUGUGUAUCUGGAGGGCCCAGAAUUGCCAUGCAGUGCACUGGUGAAUGACGAGGAAAAUCGGAGAGAGCAUCAUCUCCAAGAUCUGGGUGAGCCAGCAGAAUGAGGAAUCAGGCUGAGACAUAGCAGGCACGUUACUGAAACUUCUUGGGACUGAAAUUGUUGGGAGGAGAGGAAUAAAAGGGACAGCAGACUCUAAAGUAUAAAAGUAUCUUCUCUCUAAGCAGUUAAUCUUCUGAUCUUGCUUCAAGCCUGUCCUUUGCUGCAAUGUCACUCAUCAGCUAUAGGUCAUUCCACUGUUCUUGAGCUUGCCAGGAAUUCUGCUGCAGGUAUUAGAGUUUGCUUUUGUUUCCUCUCUCCGCUAUCCCAUGAGCUGCUUUUCUUUCUACGGCUUCUACCUUUUGCAAGUGAUGCUUAGACCUCUUGAGAACAGUAUUUGUUAAUCAAAUUAAUAACCACUUCCUAGCUCUAUUCUGUGUUGUCCUGGUGUCCCAUUAAUCCUUGGUUUCCCUCCUUUUCCCUCUGAUAUAUAUAUGUACACACACACACACACUAUCUCUCUCUCUCUCUCUCUCUUUGUGCUCUUCGGCAUUUCUUGAAUUCUGCUGCUUGUAAUACUCCCAGUUUGAAAAGAAAGUAUCUUUCAAGAAUAGUAGCCAGCAAUCAAACUGAGCAGCAGUUGUUAUUUGCAUCAAAAUCCUCAAUUCUUAAAGGGCUCCAUGGGCUGCGGUUAUUAACACUUUCAAUUGUUGUUUUUCAUUUCAGUAACCACUACAGCAGUGUGGACAACCCAGAAUAGCGAUGGGGCAGGUGGAUUAGAUCCACAGUGGUGAACAGACUUGCAAAUUUCAGGUCCAGGAAAGGAACACAGAGAAGACCUACAUGAACAGGGAUGUUAAAUUGAUGUACAAGGAGGGAGUAAAGUGGCUCAUCUCUGAGAGACUUUUCUGUUUAGGAAGGAAGACAGGGGAAUUAUGCAGUUUAUUCUGAUUUUUGUUUUGUGGAUUUUGGAGUGAGGUUGUUUGUUUAUGUGUUUAUUUUCCAGAACACCUGAGAGUUAUCCUGCAUUCAUACAGUUCAAGAAGGGAAGGGCUAAGGAAAAUAAUCAUUUCUGGCUGCCAAGCUGAUACACCAUCAGAUCGUAGCACUCAUAACUGCCCCUGUUGCACAGUACCACAGGGCUGGCCCCUACCUCCACAGCUGCUCUCCUGGCAUCCCACUCAUUUGCAAGAUUAUGGAGAGGAGAACUGGAAAGCAAAACAGAGGCAGUUGUUUGACUCUCGCUGUUCUACAUCUCUAGCUGCUUGUGAAACAAAUACAGUGACUUGUUUUGUUGUUGUGGUCAGCCUACAGCCCUUUCUGUAUUUAAUAAAGAAACUUCUGGAGAAGAGUCUGCGAAUUCAAUAUUGAGCAUAAUGUCCUUUCUGACAGUGGUGAUCCUAAAGCUGUUGCCUGUCUUACUCCCUUUCUACAGAAAUGCAAAUGUAUUCAAAAUGGGGUGGAGGCGGGGGUGUGUUUGUAUGUGAGCAUGUGUGUAGACAAUAAGAACAUAACCCUGUACCUAUCAAACAUUAAAAUUCCAAAGCUUUACUGACGUAGGACCUAGUCUGUCAGUAGGUGAACUGAGCACUCUUUUCCAAGUUCUUUCAGAAACGUUAUUAGUAGAAUAAGAAAUUUGGUAUAAGCAAAAUACUGAGCUUUUGAAAGUUUUUUCCACUCCCGUGAUUCCUUUUGGAUACAAGCUAGUGGUUUGGUUAACGGUUUGCAUUUCUGGCUGUAAGCUGAUGGAUGGUUUUCCACACUGCUCUAAAUCAGUGCUCAUGUGGUUGUGUGUAUGUUAUAAUGAAAGGCCUCUGGCAGACGUGAUUGCUCUGCUGGUUGUUGUGAUUGGUGUUAGAAGUAGAAUCACUCAAUCUCAGAAUGAUUUGGGUUGGAAAGGACUUCAGUGAUGAUGAAGUUCCAACCCCUGCUGCAGGCUGGGCUGCCAGCUGUUAGAUAAGCACGAGGUCAGGUUGCCCAGGGCCCCAUCCAGCCUGGCCUUGAGCUCCUCCAGGGACGGGGCAUCCACAGCCCCUCUGGACAACUUUGGAAGCCUCUGAAGGGCUUUACAGUCUUCCAAAAAUUAAAGCAAUGUUGGGAAUUUUGAGCUGAGCACAAGAAAGGCAGUAUGUGUAUAAAUACGGGGCAAAGCUGGCUGAAGCAGUUCAGCAUGUGAGAUGCACCUGUCCCUGUAGCAGGACUGGUGCUGUCUCCAUGGGUUAUGAGUGCAGUUCCCUGUAUUGAUGCCAGUUGUGGCCCUAUCCUAGAAGGGGCAAUGCUUUGAAAGCUGCACUGUGACCUUCUUUGCACUGCAUCUUAAAUUGUAUUUCUGCAUUUACGCUUUGAGUAGUUCCUGUGAACUUAGAAAUGCUGAUCCAAAAGCUAUAGCUGUUUGGGAACUAGCACCUUGCCCCAAGUGCUCGUAACUCAUCCACUGCUAAAAGCAAGUCUUCGCUACCUGUAGAACAAAGUCGUUUGUUUGUUUUAAUGUGAAAAUUGGUGGUUGACUUCUGUAGUUAAUCCCUGGAACUGGAAGCCUUGCAGAGACUGCUGUAGGAAGUUUUCUUUCAGAGGAACUCAGAUAAUUGCCUUCUAAUAGGUUUUUUGUUGUCUGUUCUCAUGUUAAGUCGAGAUACAAAUAGUUACAAAGAGAAAAACAGACUGUAUGUAGAAUUUAGUUUAACCUAAUGUGGGAAUCGUGCAAGCACUGACGUCUGUGCCUUUCCAGACCCUAAUGUGAUUGGUUGACCCUGAUGCAAUUAGUAUGAAUAUCCUGUCGCAGUACUGUUGUGCUGCUUGUAAUAGCUUCUGAAUGAUUUACAAGAGCGAUGUAGCAACAUGUCCAAUUUGGGAUACAGUCAUCAUCCCUGCGUGGCUUUUCCUCACCUACAGCUGUGCUAUCACUGUUGGCACAUUGGUCCUCUGGUAAAAGUGGAAGCCAUGUGAGCACACGUGGCAGAUGUGGAGCCUUGCAGGUUUUUUACAUGCGACUGGAGUGGUGUAUAAAGGGUGUGCAGAGAGCAGCCUGACACCAUACACAACCGCUAGCGAGACGUGGGGACUAGACUUGUGUUAGCAGAUACAGGAGGCUGGAGUUACAGGGCAGGGAAGCACAGAGGUUAUUUAAAUGCUUUCAGAGAGGUGACUUCAGAGGGUCUGCACAUUGCAGGUGAGCAACCCCACACUUGUUGCAUUUCUGGCAAGCUUUUGUGAAAUAAUGGAACAGCACCAAUCUGACUUUUUGUCCUUGUGGCUGCCAGGGGAGCAAGUCUUUGCAGGGCUGGAGGAGCAAGCCCGCCAAGCCAUGAUGAAAAACAGCUUUCCUGGAGCUCUUGGGGACCAAAGGCCAGCUAUUCAUCCACUGCAAGACCGUGAUUUCAGCAGCAGUGGCAGUGAUGAUGAGGAAACCACCCAUGAUGAAGUUUCUUCCCAUACUUCAGAGGAGGAUGGCUCAAUGCUAAAGGUGAAGAAAGAACUGGAGAAUGGAGACCAACCUGCAGCUGGAACCCUGCUGAUGAGAGAAAAUGAGGUUCCUGAGAGCUUGAAUGCUGACUCCAUUCUGGGACUGUCAAAGUGUCCCCUCUGCCAGCUGGAGUAUGAAAGCAGAGAGCAGCUCAUUGCUCAUGUAUACCAGCACACCGCAGCUGUGGUGAGCGCCAAGAGCUACAUGUGUCCUGUAUGUGGAAGAGCCCUCAGCUCACCAGGUUCCCUUGGGCGACACCUCCUGAUCCACUCAGAGGACCAGCUGUCAAACUGUGCAGUGUGUGGAGCACGCUUCACCAGCCACGCCACAUUCAACAGCGAGAAGCUGACAGAGGUGCUCAGUGCAGAUCGCCUGCCUGUGCCACAGAGCGAGGGCCCCUCCAGUGUCAGAGGGAAGGACAUUACCUUUCACAGCCCUGUGUAUCCUGCAGGCAUCCUCCUAGUGUGCAACAACUGUGCUGCUUAUCGUAAGCUGCUGGAGGCACAGACACCUGGCAUGCGAAAGUGGGCGCUUCGUCGGCAGAACGAGCCCUUGGAAGUGCGUCUGCAGCGCCUGGAGCGGGAGCGCACCGCCAAGAAGAGCCGGCGGGACAACGAGACCCCCGAGGAGCGGGAAGUGAGACGUAUGCGGGAUCGAGAGGCAAAGCGCCUGCAGCGCAUGCAGGAGACGGAUGAACAGCGGGCGCGGCGGCUGCAGCGAGAUCGAGAAGCCAUGCGACUGAAACGUGCCAACGAAACUCCAGAGAAGCGACAGGCCCGGCUCAUCCGGGAGCGUGAGGCCAAGAGGUUGAAGCGGCGCCUGGAGAAAAUGGACAUGAUGCUGCGGGCGCAGUUUGGCCAGGACCCCUCUGCAAUGGCAGCUUUGGCAGCUGAAAUGAACUUUUUCCAGCUGCCAGUGGGCAAUGUGGAGCUGGAGAGCCAACUGCUGGGCAAAAUGACUUUUGAGGAGCAGAGCAACAGUACUCUGCAUUGAGCUGCAGGCAGAGACUGCCAUCUCUGCUGUGUCUGUCACAGGCAAACCAACAGGCUUCUGUGUUCAGGGGGCUGCUGUAGCUCCCCAGAUGUCACUCCUGCAUGGGUAGUUCUGACUUCCUCCUGAAACAGGAGGAGAAUGGAGCUGAUUGAUGUCUGUCUGGGGCUACGGUCUGAGGGUCAGCCACCGCAUUCGGACAGUGGGAAAAUAAAUUAAUGUUUCAUGUUUA